AAUGAUGACCCAAGAAUACUGCUGGUCCGGAACACGCAAAUGUUCCCCAAAACAUUGUCUUUUUAGGUAGCAUAGUAAGUUUUGAGACACGGCCUUUGAUUAUGAAGGGAACUGUUCACCGAAAUGACAUGACAGGUCUAAUGACAAUUUUUUUCUCACCACAAACCAACUCCGUGCGAGUGUUUUUUGCUCUUGCGUUGGCUGGUGUGAUGCUUCACACAGAGCGUCUUCCUUAUUAAAACACCGGACAUAUGAGCGUCAGGAACUAAACAAAUGCGAGCACCACCACCAUCCAGUAAGAAAACAAAUACACUUGUAAGUCUUACCGCCCGUGUUAAAACGCGGAGUCCCGCUGUUAACGGUCUGAACUAAGAUGUUGUGAGGAAAAACACGUGCGUCGCUACCAAACUUUGAGAAAGUUUCAUUAAUCUGUCCACUCUUGAUCUUUUCUCGUUUCAUCAGCUAUGGACGCUUCCGAAAACUCGGGGAGUCGCUUUGGUCGCUCUAUUUGGACUGUUUGGGGUUAUCUCACAGGAGCUGUUGCAAGAUACCUCAGACCGGAAGUUACAGAUGAAGGAAACCAAAAUAAUGUUGUUUCGAAAAAUACAGCAAAUGAGAUUAACAGGGAAGAAAAAGAAAAUGAAGCUGAGAAAAAGGUGGAGGGUAAGAAAUGCAAUGAAAAUGAAAACAAUACAGAGGUCAAAUGUGUGUUGCCUGAGGCCAGAAUGCAAGGUGCUUUGGCACAGUGGGAAAACACUAAUGUGGUCACAGAUGAUCAUAUUGAACUUCAUGUAAACACCACAAAGAAACAAACUUACCAUUGUGCAGUGUGGUCCAUUGGCACCAAUCAUGGCGAGAGUGUUUCAGGUGAUGAUGUAGACAGUGAUGGACACAAGCAAAAGAGUGGAACAAGAACUUUGGAUGUUCAGAUCGAUGACAAAAAUGAAGAAAGACAAAAAAGUGAAGCACGUGUUGAAAAAGAGCCAGUUUCGUCUGAUGCAAGCUGUGAGGAGCGUAAGGUGAGUGAAACUGAAGAAGAGCCAGUUGAAAUUGUGGACAGUAAACAAAAAGAUGGUUCCAGUAAAGAUAAAAAAGAAGAAGAAUGUGAUCAUGAGGAUGACAGUUUUCAAGUGUGUGAUUUCAUGAGAGAAGAUCAAAAUAAUGCAGAGGUAACAAUCAAAUCUGAGCUUUAUGGACAAGACGUAGAACAGGAAAAAUUGAUUAACAAGGUGGACUAUAGAGAAACCGCAGACAUCAGGGGGACAGAAUACACCACAGACUUUCCCAAGGAAAAAGGGGUUGAAUGUGUUAUUGAUGAAAAGGAGCAACAAACUGUUGUCCAAAAUCAGCAACUGGAGAAAGUUGAAGAUUUUGAAGACGAAGGAACUGAAUCACAAGUGAAAGAUGGAGAUUCAAAGGAAGAUAGUGCAUUUUCAAACCCUCUUGAGAUUGAAAGACUUGAAGUAAUUAAAAAACAUUCAGAAGAAAUGAUUGAAAAUGAGCACAUAUCAAAAAAUGAGCUGGGAAGUAUGGAUACAACUGAGCAGGAUAAAGACAUUCAAGAGAGUGAACAACUGGAUUGGCUGGACACUUGUGAAUUAGCAGGUACAGGCAUUUGCAACAUAGAGGAAAGUUAUGAUGGAAGGCUGGGAGAAACCCAAACUGCACAAACAAAGAAUGUAGAUGAAACUAAAUCUGAGUUAUUGAAGCUAGAAGUUACACUGCCAAGGGCUUCAGAAGAAAUAUUUGAAGAAAUUGUACGAAGUAAUGAACCAGGAAGGAACAUAGCCACAGUAGUUGAUUCAUUUUUUGAAACUGUUGCUACAUCUAAAGACACCUUGCAGUCUGAUUUAUCAAAACAGGAUACUCUACAAACAGGAACUGGACCACCUGUGGUGGCCAUAAAAACUGAGGCUGUGUUUUCGGAUCUCAUUGUUUCUGAACUCUUUGGAGAAUUGAGGAAAGGGCCAGAGGUUGGAUCAGUAAAGACAGGGGCUGUGGACCAAGUAAAAACAGUAGAGACUGCUUUGGGAUGUAUUGAGGAGAUUAAGACUAACUUAGAUCAGCCAAACACUCUAACAGAAGAGCAUUCACAAAGGGACUCUGUGGUCCCCCACUCUGUUGAGCUAGAAUUGAAGGAUAGCAAGGAGGCAAUUGAGAUUGAACAAGACAUUGAAACUCCAAUUGAUUACUUAAAUGCAACACUUCAGGAAAUGGACAAAACCAAGUUCUCUCUCAAAAAACAUGCGCUGACUUUUGAAACCGUGGAAGCAAAGAUCAGUUCAAGAAAAGCAAAUAUGAAAACCUAUGAGACAAACAGUCAAGCAGACAGUGAGCUUCUUGAGUUGACCACAGUAAGAGAAUGCAAAUUGUCUCAAGCAACAAUGGACACUGUCAGUGAAUCACCGGCAGAAGGUGAAAGGAAAUCUGUUGUUGUGUGUGCAAUUGCUGGAACUGAACCUUAUCCAGUUGAUAUGAAACUUGAUGCAGAGGAUGCACCAGAUGUGGUAGAAGUGAAAAUUGGGCCAGUUGGAUCACAGACUGGACUAACAAGACCUUUGAGUCCAGCAGAGUUUCUGGUCGAAACUCUAGAUUUGAAGAAAGACUCAGACAUAUACUCAGAGGGACAGGAGAAUAUAGAGAUCAGAUUGUUAGAUGAAACGGAUGCAUUGAAGACCACUUUAGAGUAUGUAGACGAAAUAAUUAAUCAAGUCCUAAAGGAAAUGAUAGAAAUGGAAAAUAAUGUAGGACAAGAAGUAGAACCUUUGGUAGGACUUUCAACAGAAAAACUUGGUGAUGCAGAAUUUCAAGAACUGCCAACUGGUACCUUAGUCCUAGAGCAAGAAAAUAUGGAGGCGUCCGAGUUCUUAGCUGGGACAGAGGAGAGCAUAGUAGAGAUGGAAACAUCAAUUUGUGAAGUUGUCAAGAAACAAAACGAUGACCGUAUUCUUUCACCUGUGUCCGAAACAACUGACGCUGUUGAACAUAUAGAAGAGAAGGGUACAGCUGGAGAAGCAGUGUUAUGUUGUCAUGAAGACAUAAUGGAAAUCAGCAAAUCCAGGAUUAAAAGAAGAUUUGAAAAUGUGAGCAAAGAUGUUCCAGAAGUGAAGAUAGGAGAAGAAAAGGCCCCAACAACAGACUGGCCAACUACUGUUAAUUUAGAUCUACAGGCAUUCAAGGACUCAUAUUUGGACUUUAGUGUUCAGAAGUCUAGAAUUGCAGUGAAGAAUCCCCUAGUUCGGCCACCCAAAGACCCUAGAAAACUUAUUUUUAAGGCCUCAGUGGAACCCUUUCUUCCAAAGCCUCCAGCAUGCGGCCUGUUGAAGGGAGGUCAGGGAAUCGCAGUCUCUGUGCCAAGUAAAGGGGUCAUUGGAUUUAAACUCCCAGGUAUGAUGCCCGCACUGAAAAAAACUGAGUUUGGUAAGAAAGCAAGAGAGUAUGGAGAGGCAGAGAGCCGACUACAGGUACAGGAACAGCAAAAGUCAGUGGCAAUAACAGAGGAUUCUGUCAAACAAGAGCCAGUGUCACUUAAACCCAAAUGGACACCACCAAGACAUCCUGGUAUGGGCAGUCCCUUGAUGAUGGCAGAACUCAAAGGCAAACUCAAAAAGCCUCUAAAGGAGUAAUCAAUUUGAUUAUUUCAUUAUAUUUGGAUGCAGAGAUGCAUUCUCCACCUGGUUUCUAUUUGUAAUUUAUUUUCUUAUUUAAGCACUAUGCAACCUGACAAAUAUUGUGGGGUUUUUUGCUAUUGCAAAAGUCUGAAGCCUGUGUUUACCACUGAAGUUAAGCAAUAUUUCAAUUUCACUUCCUCCAUUUCAUUAGAUAUCUGCUCACUGCUCAGUGAAAAAAAAAAAAAAAUAAUAAUUUAUUUCAGCUGUGUUCUGAAAUUUAUUUUAAGACUUUCAAUCUCAUGUAUAGUCUUAACAUUGUGUGUGCCUUACCAAGCUCAGCGAAGCUCAGAAUUUACUUGGAAGCAAAUGAAGUAUGAAAUAAAAACUUGAAGUGAGGUCAAGGCCAUUCAUUGUGAGAUAAAUAUCAAUAAAUAUUUUUGCACUUUUUCA